AGUGGCGUGAGAGUGACAGGAGCCUUGUUCUUCUCACACACGGUGUGCAGCCGCGUCUCUUCCGGGUCCAGUCACACGCAGCCCCGGGACAUCAUGGCCUCAGAGGUGCUGGCUGGGCUCCCUGUGCCGUGCGCCCACUUCUUCUGCUAUGUGGGUGUGCUGGCCGCCUCCUGGUGGGGUGUGAGGGCGGCGUGGCGCCUGCUGAGUGCAGUCCGGGUCUGGGUUCUGGGGAGAGGAACAGAGGUGGGCCCCGGCCUCGGGAAAUGGGCAGUUGUAACUGGAGCUACAGAUGGAAUUGGAAAGGCAUACGCCGAGGAGCUGGCGAGGCAUGGAGUGUCCAUCGUCCUUAUCAGUAGAUCGCAGGAUAAGCUUGAUGAGGUGGCCAAAAACAUCCGAGAAAAGUUCAAAGUGGAAACCAAAGUAAUUGCGGCAGAUUUUGGAAAGCCUGCAGAGAUCUACGAGCGCAUUGAGGUGGGACUGAAAAGUCUAGAGAUUGGAGUCCUUGUAAACAAUGUGGGAGUUUCAUACGAGUAUCCAGAGUAUUUCCUUGACAUCCCGGACCUGGAUAACACUCUGGACAUGUUAAUAAAUAUCAACAUCACAUCUGUGUGCAAGAUGACACGCCUGGUGAUGCCCGGAAUGCUGGAGAGAUCCAAAGGAGUGAUUCUGAACAUCUCUUCUGCUAGUGGGAUGUACCCUGUGCCCUUGCUGACUGUAUAUUCCGCUACCAAGGCGUUUGUGGAUUUCUUCUCCCGGGGUUUGCAUGCAGAAUAUCGGAAUAAGGGGAUCACUGUGCAGAGCGUUCUACCUUUCUUCGUUGCAACAAAACUGAGCAAAAUCCGCAAGCCAACAUGGGACAAGCCCAGCCCUGAGAAUUACGUCCGAUCCGCCCUGAACACUGUGGGCUUACAGACCAGAACCAAUGGCUACCUGGCCCAUGCCCUUAUGGGUUGGGUGACCGCGUCCGUGCUUCCCUCCUGCCUCGCAAUCAAACUGGCUAUGAAUAUGAACAAAGGACUCCGGGCUCGAUUUCUGAAGAGGGCCAAGAAAAACUAGGAACUUGUUUUACCAACAAAGUAUUUUUUAUUCCUGAUCGCUCUUUGCCUUCUACCAAUCACAUAAUAAUAUAUAAAGGGCUUCCCGUGUGAAUAGGGAUCAUUUUGAAGACCCAUAAAUUAGUCCCUAACCUCUCUACUUCCUUGGCUUCUCUUUUUGCUUUAUAAUAUCUAAAUCUUUUUUUUUUCAGGUAGUUUUAUCUUCAAGUGACUGCAUUUCAGCUCUAUUACUUUAUUUCCCUUCCAGUCGUACGUAAACUGCGCAGAUUAGGAUUUAUAACUGAUAGUUGCUACUACUACUUCAAAAUGCUGCCUCUGUUAUGUUUAUAUAUAUAUA